CCGUACUCAUUUAUUUUUACGUGCUCGAUCGAGGUCUCCAUGUUGAAGUUGUAAUCAUCGUCGAACAUUUGCGUGACCAUAACAUGGACCAAAAACGCAGUCCUAGCGGAUUGGACCCUGGCCGUGCAAGUGGACCGUCACCUUGAUGAGUCACUGGGAGCAUUUGAGCAGGAAGAGGACCUCUUCCCACAGAAGUUGGACUUGCUGCCCUAUCCUCAGGAAACCUCUUGGCCAGGGAAGUUGUCACUUGCCGGUUGGUGAUACUUGUGUUCCAUAAAUUCAAAAGGCAUUUUAGUUUUUGCAAGACAGGAGUGGAAAAAAUUUGAUUAACAGUUCAUGUGUGGAUAACUGGUUGGAGUUAACACUCUCAUAACUGACCUUCGUAGGUGGCCUUAUAACAUGGGACGUCGUUCUUUGUUGGCGAAUGGCUCGAAGAAGACGAGGAUUGAACAGUCUCAUUUGGUUCAUAAGAAUGGCCGCAUUAAGAAACCGAGGGAGCUAGACGUGUCACAAAGCGUAGUCAUGAAACCAACGUCGGUGUACUGCAGAUCACCUGAUGAUGGGGGUGGUACAUGUAAGUCUACGAGUGCAGUAUCAGAGGGCAGGAGAACAUUUAUGCACCUGCGACCACACAAAACGUACACGCCGCUCAUUGGCUUGUCCAGGAGAAGGCUUAAGACUGGGAUGAACCAUGCAAAGGCAUCAGCUGCAGAUACACACCUAAGUGGAAGGGACUCAUUGUCUCUUCAGAAGGUGCAUCCUCCUGCAUCUCAUGCGCAAGGCAGAUCCUCAGGGGCUCAAGAAAAAUCAGCAUUGAAGAGAGUCAGACAAAGUGAAACACUGUUGGAAAUGAGUCGGACAACCGCAGCUUCAUCAAACAGUAGGAAGAAUCACUGCAAAGGAAAAAGAAGCCAGCAUGUGAAGCAAGCCACACUGACUUGUCAUAGAGCCUGGCAACCACCAAGCUACAGUAGGCUCCUUCAAACCAUGGGCAAUCAUCGUUUGUCUGUGACAUUACAGCCACUGCCAUCACGCUCGGAUAAACAACAUGUCCUUGAAGCUUCAAACGGGAAAGCAUCUAGAUCUGCUGAUACAGAUACCGAAGCAGAUGGUAUGAAAACGAAGUGCCAGCUGAUUAAGGUUGAGCCAAACAUCAGCAGUAAUUGUGCUCAGUGGCAAAUCGACAAGCGAAGGCUGGCCAAGGACAUGUUACCUAAGAACAGUCUAUCCAGGCAGGAUUCACAGCUGAAAAGCAAGGAGGAAAGCGAACGUACCCACAAGACUGCAAUGUUGCUAAGAUCAAACAAGAAGUAUGUCUCUGUUUUUCAGAGAAAACCACGAAGAUCGGCACCAGCAUGUGUUGCGUUAAGCUCUACUGCGUCUGGUGACCAAUCCAGUAACUGCCAGUUGAGUUUUAAAGACUUGCAGUCCUCUCCAAGUGUUGAGCGACAGACUCCUGAGAAACACGAAAACGUAAAUGAAGCUUCUGCAGCCUCUUUGACUUCACCUGAGCAGUGUACCACGAUCCAAAGUCCAAAGUGUGUGCACAGCAAUAUCACUCCAACUUUUGCAAUGGAAUCAAAAUGCAAUGUAGAGCCAACAACUCAGGAAGUGGAGCAGUCCUCAAAUAGGAGGGUUCUGAAUUCAGGAGAAGAGACAGGCUCUUUGGCAGUCCUCCAGAAUGAGAGAGGAUCUUCUCAAGGAUCACAGAGAAUCCAGCAGACUGACAGUGGUUCUUUGCAAUCUGAAAAUAAGCAAUCAGUUAUGUCGGCUGGAGAACUUCAGAAUACUCUUGAGAAUGGACAAGUGGAUAAUGAAAAAUCGUCUGUUCUACCAAAGAGCCGAGUGGACCACAAACGACACUCUACCCACCAAAAAUUAGAUAUCGGUGACAUAUCCACUCACGGGGAACCUGAGAUCAGUAAACUUGGAGGUUCCAAUUUUGCCCUAAGGAGCCUGCUGACGCUUCGACCGUAUUCUAGUUAUCGGUUGAUGGCUGGAAAGCGGUUACUGUGUGGAACCGAACGUAGACAUUGGCUGCUAACCCAACCAGGAUGCCGCAGCCUCUAUCACUCGCAUGAUUAUGCCCCCAAGGUGCUGAUGAGACUACAGCCUUUUACUCGAUAUCGGCGUGUUGUCAGUAAGCCACAAUUGCAUGAAACCAAAUCCAGACAUUGGUUCUUAGUACAAGGAGUUAGUGCCCAUAGUCGGCAAACAAUGGAGACCAUUCCUGAUAAUCUGUGUGAGGCACAAGAGUUGAGUGAGUCUCUCAAAUCAGGUACAUGUAGCAAUCUAAGCAAUCCCAAUCUUCCUACUGAGAAAACUCCUGCGGAAGAUUUAAAGGCAGUUGAAUCUAAUGAAUUUGAAGUUGACGAAUCUCCUCAAAGCAUCAAAGAAUCUGGUUCGGAAAAGACCUUGGAAGAAACGUCAGCAACUCAACCCACCAAGGCAGGUGAGCUUGAUGGUUCACUUUCUCAAGAGACCAAGCUGACAACAAAACAUUGUACUCAGAAAAGGUCGAGGCAGAAACGCAGAAAAUCAGCCAAGAAUAAUUGUCAUGCAGCCAUUAAAUCCUUUAAGGGAGUCAAAAAGGAGCAAUCAAACACGGAUCACACUUCAGCAUCAAAACCGUGCAGAUCAGAACAGAUCAUAGAAACUGAAGAAAACGUGUCUGGGCAGUCAUGCAUGGCUCAGAACAUUGCCAGUGGUCAGUCUUGCGAAAGUCCUACAUGUAUGUUCAGUACAUCCCUCAUAGAUGUUCCAGAAAUUGCACUAAGCCAUAACACUGGGCAAAGGGACGAGGAUGCUGAUUCUCACCAGGCAGUGUCUCCUGCACAAGACAUUGUCCUAACGUCAACUGAUGCCAGCAUUCAAAUCAAAACACAGAGUGUCCCUGACUAUAGCCCAAAAAUCGUCAUGAUGAUGCGACCAUAUCCAGCCUAUCAAAAAGUUGCAGGGAAGUCCAUGUUGCCUUGUAAAUUCACAGGCCAUUGGUUCUUAACUGAAGUCCAGGGCAGUGAUUUCAAACGUGAGAAAGUUGACGAUAUGGUAAGGAAUGCUGAGCAAAAGUCAGAUAGCCUUCUAGCCAUAAAGGCAGUUGAAUCUAAUGAAUUCGAAGUUGACGAAUCUCCUCAGAAUACCAAUCCCAAUGCUCCUGCUGAAAAAACUCCUGAGGAGGUUUUGUUGCCGGUAGAGCUCAGCAACCCCUCAGAAAUAUUACUGCCACAGCAUAUACAGGCAGUUGAAUCUAAUGAAUUUGAAGUCAACGAAUCUCCUCUGAAUAUCAAGCAGUCUGGUUCGGAAAAGACCUUGGACGAAACUUCAGCACCUCAACCCACCAAGGCAGGUGAGCUUGAUGGUUCACUUUCUCAAGAGACAGAGCUGACAACAAAACCAUGUACUCAGAAAGGGUCAAGGCAGAAACGCAGAAAAUCAGCGAAGAAUAAUCAUCAUACAGUCAUUAAAUCCUUUAAGGGAGUCAAAAAGGAGCAAUCAAUCACAGAUCACACUUCAACAUCGCCAAAGCCUUGCAGAUCAGAAGAAAUCAUAGAAGCUGAAGAAAACGUGUCUGGGCAGUCAAGCAUGGCUCAGAAUAUCGUCAUUGGCCAGUCUUGCGAGAGUCCUACCAGUAUGUUAAGUAAAUCCCCCAUAGAUGUUCAAGAACAUUCAUUAAGCGAGAACUCUCACCAAAAGGACAAGGACGCUGAUUUUCUCCAGGCAGUGUCUCCUGCACAAGACAUUGCCCCUUCGUCAACUGAUGCCAGCAUUCAAAUCAAAACACAAAGUGUCUCCGAUUAUAGCCCAAAGAUCCUCAUGAUGAUGCGACCAUAUCCAGCCUAUCAAAAAGUUGCAGGGAAUUCCAUGUUGCCUUGUAAAUUCACAGGCCAUUGGUUCUUAACUGAAGUCCAGGGCAGUGAUUUCAAACAUGAGAAAGUUGACGAUGUGGUAAGGAAUGCUGAACAAAAGUCUGAUAGCCAUCUAGAAAUAACAGCAGUUGAAUCUAAUGAAUUUGAAGUUGAUGAAUCUCCUCAGAGUACCAAUCCCAAUGGUUCUGUUGAAAAGACUCCUGUGGAAGUUUUGUUGCCAGCAGAGCUCAGCAACCCCUCAGAAAUGUUUUUACAACCACAGCAUAUAAAGGAAGUGGAAUCUAAUGAAUUGGAAGUUGACAAAUCUCCUCAGAAUACCAAACAGUCUGGUUCCGAAAAGGCCUUGGAAGAAACGUCAGCACCUCAACUCACCAAGGCAGGUGAGCUUGAUGGUUCUCUUACUCCAGAGACCAAGCUGACAACAAAACAAUGUACUCAGAAAGGGUCCAGGCAGAAACACAGAAAAUCAGCAAAGAAUAAAUAUCAUGUGGCCAGUAAAUCCCUUAAUGGAGUAAAAAAGGAGCAAUCAAUCAUGGAUCACACUUCAAAAUCACCAAAAUCUUGCAGAUCAGAAGAAACCGUGGAAGCUGAAAAAAUUGUGUCUGGGCAGUCAUGCAUGGCUCAGAACAUUGUCAGUGGUCAAUCUUGCGAGAAUCCUAUGUUGAGUAAAUCCGUCACACAUGACUUAAGCCAGAACACUCGGCAAAGGGUCAAGGAUGCUGAUUCUCUCCAUCUGGGCAAAACAGUCCAAACUAGAUCGUUGACACAAAAGCUUGAACGGCCUAAGAGACGUUUGAAACCCACUGAAAAAUCCUUGCUGCACCAACUUGCAAAAGCAGUCAAGACGUGUAGGCAUUCUGCAAAGCCAACUCUCAAACUUAAAACUGUCCGAAAACCAACCAAAAAGUCCCCAAAGCCUGAAUUUGGAAAAAAAUCAUCGAAUUCAAAAAGUAAGCAACGGGCAGUAUUUGCUACUAAAAUCCUGGUGCCAUCUAGACAAUCUUCAGGACCUGAUUUGAGAGCGGAUGCUACCUGUACAGAGAGGGAACCUGAUUCUACUCAUCCAUCACUGUUGCAAGAAACUUCUGACGAAAGUGUUUCUGUGAUCCAGUCACAAGUUGGCCUUUCCCAAGGAUUGGGCGACUGUUUGAAGGUGGAUAAAGUCACUGGUGAUAAGAAGGCAACACUUGCUAAACAGAACAGGCUGCAUAAAGUUUGCCUGGACAUACAGGUGCGAGGCUUGUCACAAUUGCACCAUCUGAUCAGUAUAGCAAACCAGAUAUCCACCAUGCCGUCAGCGAUUCCAGACUCAGACACGACAUCGGGCAAUGAUAACCUGACCACUGAGGAACAGUGUACAGAUAGUGAAGUUGUGCUAGAUUCAAAACCACAAGUGGUAGACACUAUGCAGGUGGAUGAUACAAAUGAGUCAACUUGUGUCACAGAUGUUGCUGUGAGCUCGCCAUGUUUGUCCACAAUGCCGUUAGCGAUUUCAGACUCGAACAAGACACCGGGCAAUGAUAACCAGACCACUGAGGAACAGUAUACAGAUAGUGAAGCUGUGCUUGAUUCAAAACCACAAGCGUUAGACACUAUGCAGGUGGACGAUACAAAUGAGUCAACUUGUACCACAGAUAUAACUGUAAGCUCGCCAUGUUUGUCCACAAUACAGUCAGCGAUAUCAGACUCUGACACGACAUUGGGCAAUGAUAUCCAGACCACUGAGGAACAGUAUACAGAUAGUGAUGCUGUGCUUGACUCAAAACAACAAGCGGUAGACAGUAUGCAGCUGGACGAUACAAAUGAGUCAACUUGUGCCGCAGAUGUUACUGUAAGCUCGCCAUGUUCGUCCACAAUUCCAUCAGCGAUUUCAGACUCGGACACGACAUUGGGUAGUGAUAACUUGACCACUGAGGAUCAGUGUACAGAUAGCGAUUCUGAAGCUGUGCUCAACUCAAAACCACAAGCGGUAGAUAGUAUGCAGCCGGAUGAUACAAAUGAGUCAACUUGUGCCACAGAUGUUACUGUGAGUUCGCCAUGUUUGUCCACAAUGCCGUCAGCGAUUUCAGACUCUGACACGACAUUGGGCAAUGAUAACCAGACCACUGAGGAACAGUAUAGCGAUUCUGAAGCUGUGCUUGACUCAAAACAACAAGCGGUAGACACUAUGCAGCUGGAUGAUACAAAAGAGUCAACUUGUGUCACAGAUGUUACUGUAAGCUCGCCAUGUUUGUCCACAAUACCGUCAGCGAUUUCAGACUCCGACACGACAUCGGGUAGUGAUAACUUGACCACUGAGGAUCAGUGUACAGAUAGCGAUUCUGAAGCUGUGCUCAACUCAAAACCACAAGCGGUAGAUAGUAUGCAGCCGGAUGAUACAAAUGAGUCAACUUGUGCCACAGAUGUUACUGUGAGUUCGCCAUGUUUGUCCACAAUGCCGUCAGCGAUUUCAGACUCUGACACGACAUUGGGCAAUGAUAACCAGACCACUGAGGAACAGUAUACAGAUAGCGAUUCUGAAGCUGUGCUUGACUCAAAACAACAAGCGGUAGACACUAUGCAGCUGGAUGAUACAAAGCAGUCAACUUGUGCCACAGAUGUUACUGUGAGCCUGCCAUGUUUGUCCACAAUGCCGUCAGCGAUUUCAGACUCGGACACGACAUCGGGCAAUGAUAACCUGACCACUGAGAAACAAUGUACAGAUAGCGAUUCUGAAGCUGUGCUUUACUCAAAACCACAAGCCAUAGACGAAAUGCAACUGGAUGAUACAAAGCAGUCAACAUGUGCCACAGAUGUUACUGUGAGCUCGCCAUGUUUGUCUCAUAUGGAAUCAGAAUCGAUUUCUGUUGAAGACAUGAUCUCAACUACAGAUGGAAUGCAAAGUCAUACUGAGAAAGAUCACAACAGCAUGCCUGAGCAAGAGGAACACCAGGACGAAUCCUCAAGAGACUUCUUAACCGAAGAUGCCGCAAAUAUCACAACUGAGAAAAACAAGUGUUUUGCAGACUCACCCAUUCCGAUAUUUUCUGGAAAAGAAGAGGAAAAAAAUAAGCCUGGGACAGAGGUGUUAAAUCUCACCAAAGGAAGACAAGCCAAGCCCCGUCGAAGAACCACCAUGAGGCUCCGAAAGAAGGACAAGCACUUUCUGUUUUCCAGAUUGGGGUUUAAGAAAACCAAGCGAAGAGCUUUUCAUGUGGUUCAUAACAACAAGCAUGGCAGAGGGCGAAAGCCUUUGACAGUACGAGCUGGUGAAACAAAUAUAUGUGAACAAGGAAAGGGUUUAAAUGAACAUGGCACAGAGAUUUCUCAAGGCAUCCUAGGUGAUCCAGGUAGUUCUGCCCUUCCUUCGUGCACUCACAGGCUAAGGAAACGGAGGGCUAAUGUUUUCAGGCUCACCCAUGUGAUGUUUGCAGCAGCUUCACAGAAACCCUCACCAAGUGCGAACCCAAAAACCAAACCUACCAUAGGUAGACCCCGGAAGCUAACCCAUGUGAUGUCUGCAGCAGCUUCACAGAAACCCUCUCCAAGCGUGGACCCAAAUACCCAAUCUAGCAGAGGUAGACCACGGAAGCCAACCAAUGUGAUGUUUGCAGCAGCUUCACAGAAACACUCAUCCAUUGCGGACCCAAAUACCAAGCCGACCAUAGGUAGACCACGGAAGCUAACCGAUGUGAUGUUUGCAGCAGCUUCACAGAAACACUCAUCAAUUGCGGACCCAAAUACCAAGCCUACUAUAGGUAGACCACGGAAGCAAACCCAUGUGAUGUCUGCAGCAGCUUCACAGAAACCCUCUCCAAGCGUGGACCCAAAUACCCAAUCUAGCAGAGGUAGGCCACGGAAGCCAACCAAUGUGAUGUUUGCAGCAGCUUCACAGAAACACUCAAUUGCGGACCCAAAUACCAAGCCUACUGUGGGUAGACCACGGAAGCUAACCGAUGUGAUGUCUGCAGCAGCUUCACCGAAACGCUCACCAAAUGCGGGCCCAAAUACCAAAUCUAGCAGAGGUAGACCGCAGAAGCCAACCCAUGUGAUGUUUGCAUCAGCUUCACAGAAACACUCAUCAAUUGUGAAGCCAAAUACCAAACCCACCAUAGGUAGACCACGGAAGCUAACCCAUGUGAUGCCUUCAGCAGCUUUACAGAAACCCUCACCAAGGGCAGACCCAAAUACCAAAUCUAGCAGAGGUAGACAACGGAAGCCAACCCAUGUGAUGUUUGCAGCAGCUUCACAGAAACACUCAUCAAUUUCGGACCCAAAUACCAAGCCUACUACAUGUAUAGGUAGACCACGGGAGCGAACUGAUGUGAUGUUUGCAGCAGCUUCACAGAAACACUCAUCAAUUGCGGACCCAAAUACCAAGCCUACUAUAGGUAGACCACGGAAGCAAACCCAUGUGAUGUCUGCAACAGCUUCACAGAAACCCUCUCCAAGUGUGGACCCAAAUACCCAAUCUAGCAGAGGUAGACCACGGAAGCCAGCCAAUGUGAUGUCUGCAGCAGCUUCACAGAAACGCUCACCAAGUGCGGACCCAAAUACCAAAUCUACCAUAGGUAGACCACGGAAGCUAACCUAUGUGAUGUCUGCAGCAGCUUCACGGAAACCCUUACCAAGUGCGGACCCAGAUACCAAAUCUAGCAGAGGUAGACCAUGGAAGCCAACCCAUGUGAUGUUUGCAGCAGCUUCACAGAAACACUCAUCAAUUGCAAACCCAAAUACCAAACCCACCAGAGGUAGACCACGGAAGCCAACUGAUGUGAUGUUUGCCGCAGCUUCACAGAAAGCUUCACCAAGUGCAGACCCAAAUACCAAACCUACCAGGAGUAGACCACGGAAGCGGAAGCUUAGUCCACAUGAGAAUUCCUCUCCCACAAACAACAUCUUGCCCUCUUUACAUACAUGUAGGAGGGGAAAAGAGUUCUGUACAACAGAGCUGCCUUCCAAUGUCCAGUUAGAUUUGCAGCACCAUCGCCAACAGAAUUCCAGGAGUAUUAAACUACAAGAUAAACUAGAUGAUGCUAACAGUAAUGCAUUGAGUAAACCACGUGGGAGGAAGCGAAAGAAGAGGGUUUUCCCUAAAAGAAAGGGUGACCUGCAGUCACCAGGGACGAAUUUGAGUAGAGAUGCCCCACCUGCUUGUAUGCCAGCCUCAAGCCCGGACCACCUGCCACCCGCCAAGAGAAUAAAGCAGCUCAUCCCAGGCUACGUCAGCCCAGACAAAGAGGAAUUCACUCUGGAGGAAUUUUGCAGCCUAAAGACACUCGAGGAAGCUGUUGAGAUGGCUGCCAGAGAGACAAGCAAUGACGAGCUUCCUCAUCUGAGUCCUGUCUCCAAGAGGAAGAUGAAAUCUAGUGAUUCCAAAUUGCACAGGGUCUCCUCUUCAUCGAACAAGAAGAGUCGUGCAAAGCGUUCUUCUCGAUCACCGGAGGGAUCCUACUGGGACUGCAGCGUGUGCACGUAUCGGAACAAGGCCGAAGCGUUCAAGUGUGCCAUGUGUGAUGUUCGCAAAGGAACCUCAACCAGGAAACCGAGGCUGAAUGCACAAUUAGUCGCCCAGCAGCAGGCUCAACAGAAUCUGUCCCCGCUAGUCCACGUCAAGACAGUCAAGCCAGCACCGCGGUCCAGCCCAGUACAGCGGAAAACAGGCAGUCCUAAGAAACCUAGACCACGUUUAAAAAACAUUGAUCGCAGUUCGGCCAUCAGCACUGAAGUGGUUGUCAACAACGUACCAGUCAUCAUCACAGAGUACAAGGAGAAAUCGCACACGAGAACCACCGUGGAUUCUGACGAAGCCUCGGCCGACAGGACAAACGGCAACGUCAACGGAUUAUGAAGAGCGCCCUCCCAUGUGUUUUUUUUUUUUAAUAACUCCCGUCGUCGGAGAGACUAGCCCGUGGUGUUUUUUUGUCGUCGCCCGUGAAUAUGCUGCAUUUUUUGUACCAAAGUUAUAAACCGUACACAUAGGUCAUGUUAGAAUCUCUGUAAUGUGCUUUGUAUUGUGCUGUGUCAAAAAAUUCCUUACGGUCGAAAGAACCUAACGGUCGACAGAACCUAACCUAACAGAAAGAACCUAACGGUCGAAAGAACUAACCUGAAUCUGUGCAGUACACCGUUAGAAGAUGUAACGUUGUCUUGUGAAGUACGUAGCUGUUACAUUUUGAAAUUUCCUUUUGCAAACAUGCAGAAUGCACUAAUGCUUGACUGUAAUAUUAAAUUGCUUUAAGCUUAACUAGCGAGGAAUAAGAUUGAAUGCCCCAGUUAGUGGAUGUCUGUGAACACCUGGUCCAGUGGUGGAUUAUGGGAUAGAUCACGUGCUUGAAGACCUCUGUCUUUUGAGGACAAGUUUUGAAAUACGACACAAUCUUUUAUGAAUGCACCACAUUCUGUUACCGCAAUGAGCAACAGUUUCUUGCGAUAUUUGUAUUUACUGCACAGUUUUAGCCCCUUUGAGCUCAGACGAAAAGUUGAGAAACCCGCCCCUUUCAAAGGAAUGGCUAGGAUGGAGUUGCACUCAUUCAUGUAGAAAAAAAAGAUGCAUGCAUGUAAAUAUUAUUGCUCAAGAUAAUUAUGACGGUUAAAAAAAAAUGUGCUAAAAUCAGUGCGUUUAAUGGAAAUUCAAAUGGAAGAGAUCCCUCAAUUUGCACACUUUCAUUGGGCCAAGAUAGUGGAAAACUGUCAAGAAUGAGAUUCAGAUUCUCGAAAAUGUCAAUAUUGCUUUGAUCAUCUGUUAGUAAGUAGUGUAGAAAUUUUGGGUUUUCUGUUUUUGCAAAAUAGAUACUUGCAUGUAGAUACCUCAGUUCUAGACACAGCUGCUCAAUGAACGUUGAAGUUGGGGCAUGGCACACGAUUAGCUUAAAUUGCACUUUUAUGCAACUUUCAAAAUGCAAAUACAGGCUGAUCCACUUUAUACAACUCUUUUUGUAACUAGACACAAGGUAGGCCAAAUUAAAGUCAUACUAGUAUUAAAGCAGUAACAAUGUUACUUUCUGAAUGUUAGUGACCUUCAUGCACAUUCAUUAUCCUGAGCUCAUACUUGUGAAUUGUCUUAUAAUGGACACCAUACAUGUAUUAUUAGCCUGUGCCAGCAUUUCGAAUUUGUGGUGUUUCUUUUAAAGGAUUUUGAAGACUCCAGUCAAGAAAACGUGCAUUUGUUAAGCCACCAAUAUUCUAAUAACAGUAAUAAUUGAAGUGAUUGUCUGUUGAUUUACUUGUCAGUUUAAAGGUACACAUUGUCAUAAGAGUAAAUUGACAUAAGAAUGUAAGGCCAAAAAAAAA